AUGAACCACGUUCAUAUGCAUGUGUUUCUACGUCCAUCAAUCUGCAGACGAACCUGUGGACGUUUGUUAGCUCUUAAUUUCACUCGGCGUACUGUGCAUCCGUUAACGCGGACGUUUGCGGCCUUCGCAUUUGACAUCGAUGGCGUUCUCCUCCGCGGCUCUCAGACCAUAGAUGCGGCAAAGCGUGCCCUUUCAAUCCUCGAAGGCAAUAAUCCCACAGGCAUGAAGAUACCGUACAUCUUGGUUACCAAUGGUGGUGGCGCUAGCGAGGAAGCUCGUUGUCAGAAGCUAUCGAAGCAGCUUGGUUACCAGAUUCUCCCGAGCCAAUUUGUCCAGUCACAUACCGUUCUGAAAUCCGUUGUUGACCUCUACGCCGACCAUCCUGUAUUAGUCCUAGGCGGAAAAGACGACGACAUCCGCCGCGUAGCGGAAGGGUACGGCUUCAAGGAGGUAUACACCACACUCGACGUGCAUGCAUGGAAUCCCGCUAUCUGGCCUUACCAUGAAUUGACGCAGUCGGAGCGAAAAUCCGUGAAAGACGUAGACUUUACUCAAACGCCCAUAUCCGCUAUCUUCGUUUUCCACGACCCCCGUAACUGGGCGCUUGACAUACAAAUUAUUUGCGAUAUCAUUCUCUCCGGUGGCAUUCCGGGGGGCCCUCCUAAAGUCACGCUUGAUCUGGAGCACCCUCCGGUCAAGCUGGUCUUUUGUAACCCGGAUUUACUCUGGAAGGCAGGUUACAGUCAGCCACGGCUUGGCGAGGGCGCAUUCCGGGUGGCAUUCCAGGCCGUGUUCAAGGCGCUGACAGGCUCGGAAUAUCCAUAUGUGCAAUAUGGUAAGCCAACGAAGGCGACAUAUGAAUAUGCGACGCGAUUGUUGCAGCGGCACUACAAAGCACUACAUGGCAGGCAUAUAGAUCCGCAGCAUGUAUAUAUGGUGGGAGAUAAUCCUGAUUCAGACAUCGCUGGAGCGAAUGCUGCUGGAUGGUCCUCCAUUUUGGUGCAUACAGGGGUGUACGACCCUCAUCGGGGACCGCCAAGUCAUCCCCCUACGCACGAAGUCGACGAUGUUGAGGAAGCUGUUAAGUGGGCGAUUGAACGUGAAUUGCAUAGAGGAACAUGUUCGGGCACUAGUCAAUGA